AUGUGCGAGUGUCUCCAAAUCCGCAUCGACAAACUCGAGGCGCGGUGCAAGCAGAUAUCAACCCUUCGCCGAAUAAUCAGAGAAAAGACUGGGGUCCAGGAUGGUGGCAUAAUCGUCCGUGAUCCUGCUACGAGCUACGACGAUGAUGGAGCGCGAUUAAUACAGGUUCAGUUGAAGGCGGAGCUUGACGCUGCUCUUGCGUUGGCGAAUGAAAUACCUGAACGUGCGGCUUUGCAUUUCAACGCGAAGGACAAGGAAACCAUGCAUCUUUCAGAUCUCGACGGCCUCAACCUUUCCGAACUCAUUCAAUUCCCAGCAAAGAAGAUAGAAACCCCUCAUAUUCGCCUCCUUCGCCAACUCAUCAAGGACUUUGCAGCCGAGGCCCUACAUGGAGGCUGGAAGCUCAUCGGACAGGUUGAAGCGCUCCUCGUCGAAGUAUCCUCAGCGGAACUGUUUGAAUUCCCGUCAUCUUAG